AUGCGAUCAUUGAGCUACCAGUCCCUGCAAGACUUUACUGGUCUUUCAGCCGUUCGGGAGGCGGUGGCAGGCGGUGAUCCGGGAAUUCUCAUCCUUGACCUUCCUGUCUUGCAAGGCGAUGCAUCACUCAAGACCUUGCCGCAAGGGUUGGUGUUACGGAAGAAUGGCGCCCCGAGCUCUGUGCCCGUCACUGUGAUGGAGAAACUCCACAAGUUCUCGCAUGAUGUCUUCAAAAACCUCAGUCAUGCUGUCGAGCUGCCGUGGGAGAAGUACCUUGGCGAAAUGCACGAGUUCACGGCCCCAGGUAAUGACGAGUUGCGAACCGUGUCACUUGACGAGCCGGUAGCAAAUGAAUGGUCUACUUUGACGAUUGUCUUAAAUUCAUCACAUCCCCAGCAAGCUCUUGUUCUUUUCGGCGAAGCAUUGGCCACGUUUACCGAAGGAAUGACAUCGAAGCCCCUCGGGUCAGUGAUCGACGUUGGCGAGCUUGCUGGGUUGAUUGGCAAGCCUCAGGGAGACUGGAUUGUGUAUUAUGUGAGGCCGAAUGAGGAUGUCUUUUAUACCAGAACAGCUGGUGCACUCAUGACACCGUUGAGCACAACCGAGUACGAGCAGAGGAAACGAGUCAAAGACUCUAAGAGUGUAUGA